GCAGCUGUAAUUCUUCCCUUUUUUUUUACAUCUGCGUUUAAAAAAAUCAGUUUGUCUUUUACACAUAAUUUCAUUUUUUUUUUAAAAAAAAAAAAGACUUGUUUUAUAAUACAUUGAAUAAUGCUAUUGAGUGCAUUACGAGAACGUUGGUCAAAGAAGAGAGCUUCAAAGAAUACAUGGGAUCUCAAAAAACAAGUGAAACUUUUUAAUCUACUACAAAAAUCAAUUCCCAUCCUAAGUCUUUUAUUAUUUAUUAUAGGUAUUGGUUGGAUAUUGAUGUUACCGUAUGAAGGAUAUAAUAAGCAAACGUAUAUAUCAGAAAAUGCUUUACUACCAGGACAGGUUAAUUUAGAGUAUGGCUAUAACGACUUUCGUACAGCUGAAGAUUAUCGUCAAAAAAUUCUUGAAAUUCAAACAAAAGAUAGUGAAACACGAGCAAAAUUUAUUCAUGAAGAAUUUAGACGAACUGGAUUUGUAUCUGCAGUGCAACAUUUUGUUAUUGAUGGAAAAGAACCAAAGAUGGGAGUCAAUGCAUUUGCUAUCAAUAAAGCACCUCGAAGCGAUGGUAAAGAAGCGUUGAUUUUGAGUGCUUCAUGGAAAUCAAGAACAGGAGAAUAUAAUACAAAUGGUAUUGCAUCGCUUUUAUCAUUGGCCAAAUUAUUCAAAAGAAAUGUCUAUUGGUCAAAGGACGUGAUUUUAUUAGUAACAGAUGAAGGACAAUCUGGAACACAAGCUUGGUUAGACGCUUAUCAUGGAAUAACUGAAAAUGAUGAAUUUUCCUCGGUUAUUAUGCCUAGAUCUGGUGCAGUUCAAGGAGUUUUAAACCUGGAUUUUCCAGGUAUACAAGAUUAUCAAAGCCUUGGUAUCCUUUUUGAGGGAGUAAAUGGACAAUUACCCAACUUGGAUUUAAUUAAUACUGUUGUUCUUAUUGCAACUAGAACAAUACCAAGUAUUCAUGUUACUCUUCACGACAAUAGUAGAAAUCUAUUUGAAGGAUUCAGUCAUUAUCGUAAUUAUUUGGAUUCAUUAAAUCAUUUAUUACAAAGUAUGAAAUAUUUAGUAUUUGGACAUCCUUCAAGUGAUGCAGGACUUUAUCUUCGUUAUAAGAUUGAUGCAAUCACUAUACAUGGUAUUAUUGGCAGUGACAAUCUAAAUCAAAUCUUUGGUUUUAAUCGUAUUGGAAGACUAGUUGAAUCUACAUUUCGUAGUUUGAACAAUUUAUUAGAGCAUUUUCAUCAGUCAUUUUUCUUUUAUCUAUUACCACAACCCAAUCGAUAUGUAUCUAUUAGUCAAUACAUGCCGCCUAUUAUCUUGUUUGCAUGUGCUCUCAUAUUUCAGUCUUUAUCUUUGUAUUAUUUAGGUACAAAAAAGAACAUAUAUCGACCAGAGGAAAUGAAGAAAGAAAACAAUUUAAUUCCACCUGCUUAUUCAUUGAAGAAACGCCAUACAGUUUUUGGAUUUACAGUCUUGAUCAUUACACAUAUAACUGGUAUUAUUAUCUUUUAUAUUAUGCAGCCUUCAUUUGGUUGGAAGUAUUUAUAUCAAUUUGAUGAAUAUAAAACUCUUCAAAUUCAGUACAUGACUUCUGUCUUUAUUGCUUUCAUGACGAUUACACUCAGUCUCUUAUGGAUAAAAAAUACAAAGUCUACUGAACAUGAUGGAACAAUUUUAAAAUCAUUCUGUCUUGCUCAAAGUGCACUUGUCAUCACUACUGUCUCCCUGUUAAACUUUACAUUAGGUGUAGCCACAGCUAUUCUAAUUUUAGUACCUUACAGUUUAAUUCAACCUUGUCAUGAUAAACAUCCUAUUCUAAAAUGGAUUCAAGCUAGUAUUUUAAUCUUAUUGUCACCAGUGUGUCUAACAUUCUUAUUCUGUCAUAUUUCUAAACUUAGUCUAGUUGACACGUUAAAGAUUCUCUUGACAGAUUAUCAGAUUGUCCAUUCAUGGUUUUUGACCUAUAUUUGUACAGUCUAUUGGCCAAUUAAUAUGGCAAUGAUGAUCGUCGUCUUUACGAAAACAAUAUCCUAACCAAAUAAAUA